UAAAGUUCUACAAGUUGGCGUCUGUGAAAGAAAUUUGAAAAUUUGGAAUUUGCUAAACUGUCAAAUGGAAGAUCUUACGGAAAUUUUGACGCUAUUUGGACGCAAUGUGAACAAAUUGCGAAUAAAUUUGAGUGCCUAUGAAGUUGAUGUUAAUAAUCGACUCCAGACACUUGCCGAAAAUUGGUCGCACGUUGCUCGCGGCGAAUGGCGCCUAAGUUCUGCCUAUGAUGCCCUAAUUAGCAGCGUCAGCCAGGUCAACGAAUAUGUAAUCAAAUUAAAUCUGCACAUUAAUCUCAAUCUAGCAGUAGGCAUUUUGAAUGUCGAUCGCGAUUCCGUAGAGCACAACAAGAAUAAAAUAAAUCACACAAAUCGGCAUGGCAUCGAGGUGGGCGAGGUGGAUGCAAUCCUCAAGCGACAACAAAGUAGCUCAAAUAAUGAACUUCAGAUAGUGAAAUCUCCUGAAGACAAUUCAAGUGCAAUUCAAGUUUGCAAAACGGAAAACAAUCCAAACCCAGUUUUAUCCAUUAAAACGGAGCCGCCACCUAUUCUACCACGUCUCAAUGUCAAGUUGGAGAGCUCUCUGCUAGCUGCACCCUUAACUCUGCCAAAGCUGCCCAUUCCACCGCGAAAGACGAAGCUGCUGCAGCCGAAGGGUGGUCAGCAAAUGUCGGGUGAUGCUGCCUACGAUAUGUUGCCAAAGAAUAUAUCGAGUUUUGUCAAGGACAGCGAUGUGCUGGUUGCAAUGAUGCAUCUCAAUGUCUCAGAGAAUUGCAUAUUUGUAUCCAAAUGGGGACCAGAGUCGACGCCGCUGAAGAAGUUGCUGGCAUGCCAAAUGUCAAUACAGCAAUUGGAUCAGCUGCCCGAUUUUGGUGAGAUCUUUGCCGUGUAUGAUGCCCAGGAGCAGAUAAUACCACGUGUGCUUAUCAAUGCACAGACCGAGGGUGGUGGCUAUGAAGCCUAUUUGCUGGACUAUGGCGAGCACAUUCAUUUGGAUGACAAGGAGGUCAUCUUUGCGUUGCCCAACGAGAUCAAAGCUCUGCCGGCGGAGGCUAUUAGAUGCUAUGUGCGCAAUUGUGAAGUGACUCGCAUACGCGAGUUUACAUUCAAGAGUGUCCGACUGCGUGUCCUGGCCAACAAUGGCAACGAUCUGGAGGUUGAACUCUUGGGGCCGGCUGAGGCAGAAUCGGCGAUGUUAUCAUCAGUCCAAUUGGAUUUAGAUGCGGCCAACAACAGGGCGGAAAUGCAAUCAGAUCAAGCAGAUCAAAAAUUGAGUCCAGCAGCGUUGGAAAUGCUGGAGGAGGUUGAGCAGGGCACCAGUAAUGCCCUCAAAGCGGUGUUGGGCUACAAGCCGACCGAUGACCAGCGUAUUUGUCGCCAUUACGAUCCUAAACUUAAUGGCUGCUUUAAAGGAUCCAACUGCCGUCUGUUGCAUCAGGCGUUUGCGCCACAUGGGGCUACCAAGGACAAAGAGUUAGUUGAAGCUCUGCCGGAGUGCACAUAUGUGUCAACAGCGCCGAUGAAGAUUGGCAGCGUUGUGCGCGUGCGGGUCACAUUUAUUAAGAGUUCAACACAGGUGUAUGUGCAGUUUCAGGAUGAGUUGCCGUUGCUGGUGUGGAAUGAGAAGGAGGUGCACGAGUCGCAGCGUAGAUUCCAACGAACUCCGCGUGUUUUGGACAUGGUGUUGGCACUGUACAACGACGACUGUUUCUAUCGGGCGCAAAUCAUUGAGGAGAUCGAUGGGAUAUUUAAAAUCUUCUAUGUGGACUAUGGCAACACGGAGUUUGUCACCAUUAAAUCGCUGGCACAGUGCCACAAUGCUGCCAGCCUGAAACCACAUCGUGCCAUUAAUUGCUUCAUUGCCGAUGUCAAGUGCAGCUCCUCAGGCUCACAGGAAAAGAAUGCCGAGUGCGUGGAGUUCCUAAAAAGUAAAAUCCUCAAUGAGAAAGUCGAUGUGAAGCUGAUUGGUCAUCUUCCCGAUGGCCCUAUGAUUAAGUUUUUGGAUUCAUACGCUAGUGUGACCAUGCAGAUGAUCCAACGUGGCUACGUGGAGUCAAGUCAGAGCGUCGAGCUGAGCUAAACCAUAGUAGCACUUGCUAUACACUUUCAGAUUAAAUAUUUGAAUUUUUGAGUUUCCAAGUAGGAAAAUCAAAUCAACCAGUUUAAAUGCCGCCAACGGAUGAAGAACGCAUUGAAGCGAACCGCCAACGAAGAUGGAGAUAUCCCAAUAUUAAGCGCCUUCGACUCGCAGGACUUGUGAUGACUAUUGUCUUGGCUGUUAUAAUUGCUAUCUUCUUAUGCUUUACCCAUCGUAAGCAAUUCUGGUGAUUCUACUUUAACAUUGAAUAAUUCAACGUUUUUGGCUUAAAAUUAGAAAUAGCAAAUAAACAAUAACUUACUGUCUGCAUAUCUUUUCAGUUGUUAAGUAACUAUUAUAUAAAUAAUCAUCGCAUGUACAUAUGCAU